CCUGUUUCGCCCCUAAUUUUCUAUCGACUGUUGUGUGACCCUCCAGCUUCAGUGAGUGUUCUUGAAGUCGGUGGCCUCCGCGGGACAGUGACGAUGCUGUCUCCUCGGAUGUUAGUUCGUAGCUGUUUAUAGAAUGCGGAAGAAAAUAAACGGUUUAAGUAUUAGUUUUCACCAGUUUUCAAUCGUUAAAAUGUGGACUUUUAAAAAAUAUGAAUGUCUUCACGUCACCAAACCAACGAAGCAAUUAGGUUAAGUUGACAAGGAGCACAAGUUCUUUGUAAGCAUUACAUCAACACACAGUAUAGGCAAUUCAUAAGUAUAUGUUCAAUACAAAAAUCUGAUAGGCCAAGAUGAAAAAUGGUUGUCCAAGCUUUCACAUGGUGAUAUUAAAUAAAUGUUGUACGGCCCUAAUAAAUAAUUCCUUACAACUUGGGCAUUACAUGUUUAUACAUAGAAACAAUAUAUAGAUCGGUUUAAUUCUCCAAAAUGCCACACAUUACCAGAAAAUGGGAACUUUUCCCAGGCAGAAACCGGUUUUGUUGUGAUGGCAGGGUAAUGAUGGGACCGCAGAUUGGUAUCUUUUAUGUGACUGUGUGCCUCAUUGCUGGAACAAGUGGUUUAUUUUUUAUAUUUGAUUGUCCUUUCUUAACAGUUCACAUAACACCAGCUAUACCAGUUAUUGGUGGGUUACUAUUUAUUUUCGUAAUGUCUGCUUUAUUCAGAACAAGUUUUAGCGAUCCUGGAGUUAUUCCAAGAGCAACACCCGAUGAAGCUGCCUAUAUUGAAAAACAAAUUGAGGUACCAAACAAUGGUAACUCCAAAAUGUAUAGACCCCCACCUAGAACAAAAGAGGUAUUAGUCAAAGGGCAACCAGUGAAACUGAAAUAUUGUUUCACUUGUAAAAUAUUUAGACCACCAAGAGCUUCACACUGUAGUUUAUGUGAUAAUUGUGUAGAGAGAUUUGAUCAUCAUUGUCCAUGGGUUGGUAACUGUGUGGGUAGAAGAAAUUACAGAUACUUUUACGCUUUUAUCGUAUCCCUGGUUUUUCUUUGUGUUUUUAUACUUGCUUGUGCUGUUACACAUUUAAUAAUGCUCACAAGAGAUGGUAGGCCAUUUUUAGAAGCUGUAAGAAUAUCUCCUGGAAGUGUUGUUGUGGGAGUUAUUUGCUUCUUCUCUGUUUGGAGCAUUCUUGGCCUUGCUGGGUUUCAUACACAUUUAACUACUAGUAAUCAAACAACUAACGAAGAUAUCAAAGGAUCAUUUUCCAUUAAAGUAGGACAAGGAAGUUCUAAUCCUUAUAGUCAAGGAAAUAUUUGUGGAAAUUGUUUCUAUGUAUUAUGUGGACCUGCACCACCUAGCCUAAUUGAUCGAAGGGGUAUAGUAACACCCGAAUAUCGAGCAGAACAAGAAAGAGUCAGCGAUGACAGUGUAAUUACUAACAAUAAGUCAUAUGGUACUGUGGAAAUUGUACAACCACAGUCGAACGGUACAACUGUUCAAACAAACCCCAGUACAGAUCUCGCCGGUUCGAUGAACAACCUCGUGACUGGUCAACAUUCGCCUCAAAUUGAAUCAAUAAACGGUAGCACCACGAACAGCGUGAGCCAACUUGUUACUAAUGAAGUACCAUUAGCGUCUCUUAAUAUUGCCCCAAUCGAUAUCGAUGAAAUCGCUCCGUUGCCUUCCCGUCAGAGUGUUGUGGUUUCUUCUACGUUGGACACCUCCUCUAUACCAUCGGUAACUGUAACAACCCCCUUGUCUGCAUCUAGACUUAGAUUAUUACAAGACACGACCAUGAUAGAGUCCGCUUUAGAUUUAGAUUCGUUGGAAGACGCCAGUGUGGGUAGAGGGAGUCAAGCAGGUCUUAUAAAAAUGGGGGCAGUGUAACAUUUAAAUUUAUACCUUUUAUCUAGAUAGAUUCACAGACUUUUCAAGUCAUUGACGUUUAUUA